GCUGGCCUAUUCUCUGCCAUCCUCACGGCAUUCAAUGUGCCAGCGUACACCCUACUAAACCCACCCGAUCCCUCAAUCGCCUUACUGCAACAGAUAUCGAGCAAGUUGGACAGCUUCUCUAUCAACCAAUCCUUCAUCAACUCCACCCAACCAUCGAACAUCAACAGCCCAAACGCGGACACCGAGCCUGCUACCCUGCGCUGGGCCGUGUGGCUGAAUGUAUUAUGGUUCUCCGGACUCGUCCUCAGUCUCACUGCGGCAUCGAUGGGGCUCAUGUCCAAACAGUGGCUGAACGAAUACAGCAGCGGCGUCUCCGAGACCUCGCGCCAUGCUGCUCGCGUGCGCCAGUAUCGCCUCAAUAACCUUCAGGCGUGGCACGUAGAAGAGCUCGUCAACACCAUUCCCGUCCUCCUGCAGCUCUCCCUGAUCUGCUUCCUCACUGGGCUCCUCAUCUUCCUCUGGAACCUUCACAACACUGUUGCCGCUAUCGUAUCGACACUUGUGGGAUUUCUUGCCAUUUUCACCACCGUUGUCACGUUUCUCCCUCUU